AUGCCAGCAAAAAAUGGAUCAGCACAGACUGGCAAUAGCAGCCCACCAGAGCUCAGUGUGAAACUUCCAGAGUUGUGGGAUCUUCCAGCAAUCUCUUGUCCCUGGGAAAUUGUUGAACGGCCAGUUGAUAUUCUAUUAUUAACAGUUGAGGACUGUGAGUUCUUAAGCUGCUUUACCUACCUGAAGAAACCCUUUAAGAGUUACCACAUCAGUACUGGCCCUGUGUAUUUUGGGUGCAUGGGUGAUGAUCAAGGAAAGAAAAUGAAAAUCGCAUUGAUGAGGUGCUCCAAAGGUCCUGAUGUUCCUGGGGGUUCUUUGUCCAUUUCAAAAGAUCCCAUUUUGCUACUGAGACCUAAGGCUAUUUUUUCUGUUGGUGCCUGUAGUGGUUUGAACAACAAAAAGGUCAAGUUAGGAGAUGUGGUUGUUUCAGCAAAGCUUAUAACAGCUGCACAAAAAACUCCCCCCAGCAGAGAUAUUGGAAACCUGAUCAAACAUAUGGCUGAUGGGUGGAAGGCACCUUUACUAAAUGCUGAUGAAUAUAAUGCCAAAGUGCAUUGUGAUGGAGUGGUUCUGAGUAUCUCAGAGGCAAACAGAGAUAUGAUUAGGAAACAUCCUGAAGCAAUUGCAGUUGAAAUGGAAGGUGGAGGUGAGAAUCAUAAUAAUUCAAAUAAUUGAUGAGCCAAGAAUUUUGCACUUAAAGGAAGUGUUUUGAAAAACACUGCUUUGGUAUUGUCUUUGCUGGUCCAAGAAAUAGGACAGACCAUAUAACAUGCUAAAUUUGCGGGAAUUUCAUAUUGUGUAUUCUUAGUGAUUUUAUGUUUGGCUGGGGUAGCAAGACUUUUUUGCAGGUGAAGGUGACUAACAUGUCUACUGGAUAACUAAAUUGAAUGUGCUUCACCAGGAUGUCAUGGAUUAUCUUUAAUUUUUUAUCUGAAAAAUGUUGAAAGUAUGUUGUUUAAUCGUUUGAGAGUUGAAAAAUAGUACAGUGAAAACUGGCAUAAAAGAUCAAGUGGACUAAGAACAGUCCUACUGAAAUUUGGUCAAAAAAGUACCUUAUACAUAAGAAUUCAUUUAGCCUGAAAAAUGAAAAUUGUUCAUGUAUUUAGAAAAAUUGGUUGCUAGCUAGAUUAGAAUAACCUACUUAGGUACAGUACUAGGGUACAGUGUUGGAAACAGGGAGGAGGAGUUGGUGCAUUCUGAAUUUGCUCGACUUUUCCUGAGUUUUGAGUUGUUCAUCACCAGAACUGCUACCCCUCCCCCAAUGUAAUAUUAUUGCCAUGACUAAUGCAGUUAAGGUUAGUUACACCCAUUACUUAAUUAAAAUUUUGUGCUUAUAUGUUUCAGAUCUGUUGGUAGUCUAUGCAGUAUUUAAUUUUUAGAAACAAUUUUAGGAACACCCUAACAUUUUCAGGCUGAUUUUGCAGAAAAACCUGAUAAAUAAGAACAAAAUCAGCCUGAACCCCCAAAACAUGUGUUCUUUUAUGCGGGUUUUUACUUUAUCACAGUCCUUGUCAACUCUAACUGACAAAAGUUUGUCUUUUGAGAAUGUUAAAAGCUACUUAUGAAACAAGAUGAAGCCUGAAAAAUAAUUUUACAGUCUCAGUGUACAAUUUUUAUUUAAUUACUUGUUGAAUAAAACUAGAUUUCGGUACUAACGUCUUUUUGUGAUGUGCAUAUUUACAAACAGCUAGAGUGUAAAUGUUUGUGGGCUUUUAUUGAAGAAUUAUAUUAAGGAUGCUAAAAAAUAAGCUCAAUAUAGGUAGGACAUGAGCGUUUUUUUCCCUUUUUUUCUUCAGGAGUGUAUGCAGCAGCAGCCCAUGAUUUUAAGACAGAAUGGGUGGUAGUCAAGGGCAUCAAAGACCUUGUAGGUGAAACGCAGUCUUCAAGUAAGAAAUGGAAACAAAUUGCCUGUGUGAUGGCAGCAUCUGUUGUGGCCAACAUUUUGAAUGAUUCAGGCAUUUUCCAAGAUUGGACUCACUUUAAUGCAGGUAUUGCUUCCUGUAUCAAUCUAUCUUUUCUUUAUACAGGAACAGAUCUGAUUUUGAUCUGUCUACAUGUAUUCCUGCUCAUAUCACACACAAAUCAAGAUGACUUAACAUAAUUCCUUGAAUAAGCACCCACUCUUUAAUAAGCACCUCCUUUGAAUAAGCUCCCCCCUUCUGUCUUUUCAGAAAAAGUAGAAACACAAGGAAAAUCUGUUUCUAUUGCCACUUUAUUUAUAACUUUGUAGCAUCAAUGGCAGCGGGAUCAAUAAAGGACAAUAGUUUAUUUUCUGUUUAAGUUAUUUUCAGCUAUGCCUAUUUCCAUAUGCUUGCAGAGUUCCUGUAUGUGUUUAUCUGUACUAUUGAUUUUUAUCAUAUUGCUGCGCUCACUUAUUAAGUGAGUUGAUGUAUAUCCCUUGGCUAAUUUACAACACAUGAAAUUCAUUUGUCAAACACGUCUCAAACUUCCCAGAAAUAUAUUUAUGUAUUUUUGCAUAAAUUUUGAUUUUGAAACUGUUCAGAGUUAGGCGAGUAGAGGUACAUGCUUGCACACUUUCAUAUUGUUUUGCUCCAUGUUUGGAUUUAGAAAUUUGUCCUAUUAUAUCUUAAUUAAAUUAAUCAACUCUGUUAUUGCUUUGGCAACGAAAAUGGUUCAAUUUCGUAACACUAUAUUUGUUAAUUAUUUCAUUUAGAUACCAGUGAAUCACACGCACCAGGUAAGAUUAAGUUAAACAUGUUUUUACGAGUGAUAGUGUUAACUAGUAAGUUUUUGCAGCUAGAAAAAAUUUGCAUACGGAGAUUUACUACAAACGAGAUAUUACCUUGUAGUGUUUUUUUAGACUGCUUGUGGAAAGCGUCUAUUAUUCUGCAGUGUUGGAUGUUUACCAUCUUUCCAUGACUUUUUGGAAGCUUUCGAGCAAACUCAAAAAGUGACACCUACAUUUAAAAUACCUCGUAAUCUCUUACAAGUCUUUCGAGCAACUUUCAACUUUUAACACAAAGGUUGAUAAGAAUAAUUAAUUUAAUGGGUACUAUUCAUUUGCUUAGGAGACAACAGAACGAUGAAACAAGCAAAAUCUCGCGUAAAAUGUUACCCAUUCACUCAAGCCGAAUGAACUACUUAAUGCCAAUUUUUAGGUUGGUUACAAUUUGUGCUCACAGCUUAAUAAUUUAAUGAUCAGUGUAUCGUGGAAUGCAUCAGGCUUUGAGAUUCUUUCAUUCUUGCCGCUUCUAUCAGGGUUCUCCUUAUCAGGCGGUAACCGGUAAAAUUUACCGCUUGUAAGGGCACUUAUUACCGCCUGCGAACGCUCAGAAUCCUUACAAAAUACGCAUUUAUGGUGAGCUAAUCUGGAAAGAAAGUGUAAUAACAAGCCAACAGUGUGCACUAUUAUAAAUCUACGUGUGCUUUAGUUAGCUAACACUGACUGGUACCUUUCGAAUUUCGAAGCAAGAGUGAUUUUUCGUGGGCUUUCUGCCAAAUCUCAUGACAUUUGUCAGUUCUCUGCACGUUGAAAUGUGGUGUCGUUUAGUAGUUCAGUUUUCGCGUUGAAACGGCAGCAAACAAUGCUAUCGUUUCUCUCCAGUAACAAGAGGUCACGAAGAGUGGCUUGUAAGCUUUACAAGAAUUUUAGGGGAAAACAAAAUAAAGCUUACCUACUAGCGACGGAAAAGCAGCCGAUUGCCAGAAAUAACCACCUUGACAGCUCUACAAUUGCCGGCUGUAGAACGAACACAUGGGGACAAAGCUAGUCUUCAUCGUGAAAUUCUACUUGUGUUUCAGACAACGGUUCGAAAGAAGCCUUGAAAAUAAAAUCUCUUGACAGCGUAAAAGCUCUGAAUUUGAGACGAUUAGAACACGAAUUCAGCUAUUCCAUGUGAUUCGAUUUCAUAGCGAUGCGAUUCGUAGCUGACACCGCUGAUAAGCCAUGUAAGUGAUGCUAAAGAUAUCACCCGAAAUCGAAGGGAGACCAAUUUACGUUGUAAGCAGUUUGGAAAGGGCAUAGUCAAAUAUAAUGGUUUUAAACAAAAUUUUACUUUGUUUUGUUCAACCUCUGAACCUAAAGGUGUAUCGUUGACAAAGUUGAGAAUGACCAGCCGCCUGAAGCUGCAAAUGUGCUUUACUGGUUUGAAAAGGUCCCUUACCUGUUGUGCUGAAAACUAGGGAGAACCCUGUGAUUCUAUUCUUUGGGUUUUGAGUUUUUCUCUGUGGGGCAGACCAAACAGACCCUGUUAGUCAGAUUUUGCCAGUUUGACAGGUGUGACACACAAGAAACUUUAACCCAUGACCAUAUACCCAACUUCAUGUAUUACUUUCAUUUGGCAGUAAUGAAUUUCCUUCCAUAAGUUACCAACCUGACUGAAUGUUCAUGUAAUAUGGAUUUAUUAUAUAAACUACGGUUUUAUACAAGGAUUUUCAGCCCUGAGAAAAGCCGUAACAACACACGUGAAAAAAUAAGAUAUUUAUUCACGUGUGUUUUAUAUCGCCAAUCAGCUGCUGACACUUCACUCGCCUUUCGCGCCACUCGGUCAAAUUGAUGAAUGAACAGUAAAGCCUUCACGACUCUCAAUACAAGGUAUUUUUAUCGGAACUUUCUUGGAUUAUGGCGGCUAAAACAUCGAAAAAAUCCGUGUCGCACCAAUCAGAUCGCCGCAUUAGGGUAUGUAUCUCGUACCAAUCAGAGCGUCGUUUUCUUCGGUUUGAGAGAUGUUCAAAUUUCAACGAAGUAAUGGGGGAUUCGGAGAGAGCAGUUCAUAUAAUGGAUUCAUCAGAAUGAGAAAUGUUGGCUUUUCUGUGUUUUAACGUGUAUUUUACCGCGCUCUAUGAGGAAUGCGAUACUACUGGGCGGAUGAAAGAUAUCAGAUUACCUAUAGUAAACGUGUUACUCCUGCCGUGAAAAUGGUGGAUAGUUGUUCGAGAGAAAUUGAAGUUCUGUGCACUGUAGUACAAUCAUGGUUAUUGUUCCUUCACGACGAGAGUGAAUGGAAAAUUUUUUAAUCAAUUAUUGCUUGAUGUGUGGAUGAAUUGCACCUAACAUUUUGAUUUGAGCAGUUCUUUAACGGUAAGCUGUGUUGCUAGAUUCAUGAUUUGUCGAGUGUGCCAAGUAUAUUUCUCUGGAUUUGUUUGCCCGGUGCUAUCUCUAGAUGAAUGUCUGAUUAAAAUUAACUAUGGACGAUUUUAUGUAUGUUAUCGAUGCCUGGAGGAAAUGAUCUUGUGGAGUCGUUUGUGUUCGGCCUAGGACGAAUUCAGAUACUAUCGCUAGCAUGUUAUUUGAUUUUGUUAUCCGGAAUGAAUGAUUUACGGAGGUAAAUUAAUAUGAUGUGAUCUUGUAACGUUGAAAAUAUAUCGAGUCGAAGGAACAGUUUUGGUCUCGGUCCGCAUUUUUGUCAACAAAAUAAACACAUGCCGCUUAAAAAGAUGAUAACACGGACCACGUGCAAAGCUGUCAAUUGUUUUUCGACUUUUGUGCGUCUUAAAUAUUCAAUUGUAACAUCUCAUUUACAUCGACAUCUCUUAUUACGUUGGUAAAAUAUGUACAGACAUCACACCAACCAACUCGCGCGCUAAGUGAGAAGACUGUAUGAAGGCUUGAAAUUAUAUUAAGAUCGAUUUUGAUCAAGAAACGGGCCAGGAAUAUUCCACAAUAGUGCAAAUAAUCGUGAGAGCUGAUCGCGGAAAAGCGAUUGCGUGACGUUCGGUAAGUUGUGAGAUGACUUGUUAUCACAUACCAGACGAAAAACUCUUUAGAUUCUCAGUCUGCAUUUUGUACCCACUCUGCAGUCUGCAUUUCGUACUAACAGGUAUCCGUGGUACCAAUACAGUUUAUUUUUGGUUACAGUUAUUCGCACAACACACACAAUCUACCACAAUAUACCUGUGUGUGAGUUAAUUCGACAUUGUCGUUCUUUUCCGCGUUAAAACUCUUCUUUCCUUUUGUAAAAAUGUAGACAUCACUUACAAUGUUUCAAUUAAUCCACCCACCUCAAAAAAAUAACUCUUGCAUGCAUAGCAUGCCUAUGUUUUAGGUUGGUAUCUUGUGAGCCUUCGGACCAAAUUUUAAAUCCAUCCAUAAAGGUUCCAUACCCUAUUCAAUUUGUUCAGAGAGGCCACGCUCGCGUAAAGACGAAGAGGGUUUUUUUUCGCUCCCAAAAUUUUGCCAAUAUUUCACGCCUUUUGAAACUAUGCUGCAGUUGUGUCCAACAGAGCUUCGUUCAAUUCAGAAUGCCGGCAAGAAGAAGAAAUUCAAGGUAGAGGGAAGUUUCGGCGGCGCCGACAAGUUCAAGAGGCGGAACUUGUCGAUGGUCGCUCGAGGGCGAGCAGCGAAGAUCGCUCAUACUACGAGCCCUUGUCCGUUUCAGCGGGAUUUUUUCUCCAUUCUUCAUCGAAAUCCUUUUUUCUAGCUUUAACCCCAAGGACUCUUUCCCUUUUUAUCUCUACCCAUUAUUUCACGAACUACUAUGAUGAACACAUGUUACUGAAAUACGGAGAUGUUUAGACAACUGAUACUACCCCGGAUGUACUGCGGGGAUAACAUCACAGGAGUCAUUUAUGUCGACACAUCGUAAUUGGCUUUUGCGGCUCAAAGAAUUCAGUUCGGAAAAACGUUUUGUAAGGAAUCCGAGUGUGUUUCAAUAUUUAACAAUAAUGUUUUUCGGAAACUGUAGACAGAAUUGUAAUGCCUUGUUUGAUGUGAAAACAAAAAUUAGCAAAAUUUGACCGGCGAAGGUCUACCGUGUCGUUAAUGGAAUUCCGAUAUGCGAAUGAGUCACCCACUCAGUUAAUCGUCCCGAACUUGCCCGAGCACGAAACCAGAUUGGAGUGGUAAUCGCGCAUAAAACGAUGGAGAGGCUUUGUUACAGUUGUUACUAAGCAUCGUUGCCUUAAAUAUCAACUUCCACGUGAACAAAAUGUUAUCUAGUUCAGGCGCAAACCAAUACUGUGAGUCGCUUCGAUUGUUUACUGUCUGAUGAAAAGCAAGAACUGUGACUAAAUUCAACUAUCGUAUGUAAAUAUUGGCGGCGGUAUCGAUCAGAAGCAGACGAUAAUAGUCUUGUGCUUAGACUACUUGUGGAAUUCAUUCUGCAUACCUUUAAUUUCAAUCAGUCAAAAAAACUUGCGGUCGCGUAAAAUGCGUUCUGAGGUAUUCUCGUUCUGAGGCAGAAAACUUAAGGAAAGGGUGUAAAAUUUUAAAGAAACUGUGGUGCGGUGGUGUGGUGUGGUUAUCAAAAAUGCAAGCAUCAAAUACUUAACGUCCUUUUUCAACCCAACCAUCCAAAAAUUAACUCUUGCAUGCAUAGUCGUUUAUUAUCAUUAUAGAAUAGCCCUUUUUCUUUUAAGUGUCGCUUGUUGACGCUGGCCUCGAAUCGAAUUAAUUGUAAUUUUUUAGUAUGAACGGAGAUGAUAAAUCGGCUUAUGUAGUCACUCGCUUCAACAGCUGGAAUAUCUACCCGUUCCUGUCUGCGUCCUUUGUUUUCAAAAAUCUUUCAAGCAAUUUAAUAUAUCUUUUUAGACAAGGAAGUCUAAAAGUUUGCAGAUGGUUCGAAUUAUCGUAAUUAGAGAGAGUUCGGUACUCCAGAAUACCCAAAAAUCUGCUGAAAUAUCGAAAAAUGUCUGGUUCAAGUCUUCUUUGGUGCGACCGUUGGAAACUUCAUGGAGAAGUACAGCGUCGCGCCAUCGUAAUAAUGCACGUUUAUUGACAAAUGAUCGACGUUUAGAUACUUUCGUGUAAAUCAGCCUACUUCAACAUGUUGUAAAUGACAUAGAAGUAUAGCAGUAUCGUCAGAAGAUUUAGGAUUGCUCAAAUUCCCUUGAAAGAGGGUACAGCAAUCGCAAUCUGGAUGAUAUGCACUUGAUUUGAGGUAUAUGGUUGUAGUUACGUGUAGUACGUAGUCCUUCAUGAAAGCUGAUCAAUUUCUUUUAAGGAUGACAGGCAGAAGCGAUAACUCUCUUCGAGAUGUUACGCAUAAGAUAACAUUCUUUCUAAGCCAUGUACAGUCCUUUUGUCCGAAACUUUGGCGGUUGAGAACUGUAGAUAUAAACAUCGCCAAAAUUUUGCCUCAUUAUCGGAUUAUUGAGCCCUUAUGAAAAAGAGAGGCCAGUCUGAAAGGAUUUUUACACAUGUAAAAACUAGAACAAUAGAACAUAACCGACUAGGUGUUUAGUUUCAGUUCCAGAAUUGUUGUUGGAAAGGCGAAUAAUGCUGGUGGAUAUGUGUUUACGGAACAAAGUACGCCAUCAAACAGAUAAUAAUGGAUGCGAUAGAUGCUAGUACGACUUUUUUUGCAUUAAUCAGAGUAAACCGAGAGCGUAAGGUCUGUUUUCUCUUUAAAGUUUGUGUAUUCAUUGCCCUGUCCCCCAAACAAGGAAACAGCAUGGAGUUACAAUUCAAACUGAUACGCAAGCUACUUGUCCUUGUGUUCAGAUUAUUUGUAAAGAAUUUUCCUCUUUUCUUUCAGCCGUAAGUGCCUACACUGCAGCCCUAAAAUCAUCUAUUCUAGGCCAAACGGAAUUCCAG